ACGGCGAGCAGCAGAAGGGAGGUGAGGAGGCGCAGCGGAGGUUUCCUGGUUUCGGACCCCAGCGGCCGGAUGGUGAAAUCCUCCCUGCAGCGGAUCCUCAACAGCCACUGCUUCGCUAGAGAGAAAGAGGGGGAUAAACCCAGCUGCACCAGUCACACCAGUCGCACCAUGCCAGUUGUCAGCAUCCACAGCAGCGGCAGCCGCAGCAGUGAGAGUUCCAGGGUAUCCGUUGAUUGCUGUAGUAACCUGGGUCCAGGGCCUCGGUGGUGCUCCGAUGUCCCUCACCCACCCCUGAAGAUCCCGGGUGGGCGAGGGAAUAGUCAGAGGGAUCACAAUCUUUCAGCUAAUCAACUCUAUUCGGAUAAUCGGCUGAAUGUAACAGAGGAAGUAACAUCUAACAGGACCAGAAUUCUUAAUAUCCAGUCCAGGCUUACUGAUGCCAAACACGUUAAUUGGAGAGCAGUGCUGAACAGCAGGAACCUCUACAUUGAGAUUCCAGGCGGUGCCCUGCCUGAAGGGAGCAAAGAUAGUCUUGCAGUUCUUCUUGAGUUCGCUGAAGAAAAGCUUCAAGUCGACUAUGUCUUCAUUUGCUUCCACAGGAAUCGAGAUGAUAGAGCUGCACUUCUCCGUACUUUCAGCUUUUUGGGCUUUGAGAUUGUGAAACCCGGGCACCCCUUUGUCCCUAAGAGACCAGAUGCUUGCUUCAUGGCUUACACAUUGGAGAGAGACUCCUCAAAAGAAGACUAGAUUGCAAUGUUUUUAUAUCUUAGAGCUUUCUUUUUGUCUAUAAAGAUGUGUGAAAAUUUUGUCACCAUCAAAUUACAGUACAUUGAGAGUGGUGUGCUUUGUUCAGAAUCUUGCACCUGACUGCUAUUGUGGCGGAUGUUAGGUUUUUCUCUUCCACGUUUUUGUGAUUGUGCAAAUACAUGCUCACUCCAAAUUAGCAGUAUAUUUCUUGAAGUUUAAUAUUGUGUUUGUGAUACUGAAGUAUUUGCUUUAAUUCUAAAUAAAAAAUGUAUAUUUUACUUUUUUAUUGCCGGUUUAAGAUGAUUAAAGCUAUCUUUACAUUUUGAAGAGACGUUUCUUAUUUGAAGUAAAGAAGACUGGGCCUCAAUGGUAGCUAUCUUAAAUUGGAAAAACAGGUAUUCACCUACCUUUCUCUUGCUCUCAUAAAAUCAGAAUAAAACAUGAUUGCAACUCUAA